AAGCUAAAUCAUGUGUGACGAUGAUGAGACUACCGCACUUGUGUGCGACAAUGGCUCUGGCUUGGUCAAGGCUGGGUUUGCUGGAGAUGAUGCUCCUCGUGCUGUCUUCCCAUCCAUUGUUGGAAGGCCCCGCCACCAGGGUGUGAUGGUGGGUAUGGGUCAGAAGGACAGCUACGUUGGUGAUGAGGCUCAGAGCAAGAGGGGUAUCCUGACUCUGAAGUACCCCAUCGAGCAUGGCAUCAUCACCAACUGGGAUGACAUGGAGAAGAUUUGGCACCACACCUUUUACAAUGAGCUGCGCGUGGCCCCCGAGGAGCACCCCACCCUCCUUACUGAAGCCCCAUUGAACCCAAAAGCCAACAGGGAGAAGAUGACUCAAAUUAUGUUUGAAACCUUCAAUGUUCCUGCCAUGUACGUUGCCAUCCAGGCUGUGCUGUCUCUGUAUGCUUCUGGUCGUACCACUGGUAUUGUGCUGGACUCUGGUGAUGGUGUAACCCACAAUGUCCCCAUCUAUGAGGGUUACGCUCUCCCACAUGCCAUCAUGCGUCUGGAUCUGGCCGGACGGGACUUGACUGAUUAUCUGAUGAAGAUCCUAACUGAGCGUGGAUACUCUUUUGUCACAACUGCUGAACGUGAGAUUGUGCGUGACAUCAAGGAGAAGCUGUGCUAUGUGGCUCUUGACUUUGAGAAUGAGAUGGCCACUGCUGCCUCCUCUUCCUCCCUGGAAAAGAGCUAUGAGCUGCCCGACGGUCAGGUCAUCACCAUUGGAAAUGAGCGUUUCCGUUGCCCCGAGACCCUCUUCCAACCUUCUUUCAUUGGCAUGGAGUCUGCAGGCAUCCAUGAGACUGCCUACAACAGUAUCAUGAAAUGUGACAUUGACAUCCGUAAGGAUCUCUAUGCUAACAAUGUGCUUUCUGGGGGUACCACUAUGUACCCUGGUAUUGCUGACCGAAUGCAAAAGGAGAUUACGGCCCUGGCCCCCAGCACCAUGAAGAUCAAGAUCAUUGCUCCACCUGAGAGGAAGUACUCCGUCUGGAUUGGUGGUUCCAUCCUGGCUUCCCUUUCCACUUUCCAACAGAUGUGGAUUAGCAAGCAAGAGUAUGAUGAGGCGGGCCCCUCCAUUGUCCACAGGAAAUGCUUCUAAAAUAGCCACCUCUCCACAUCCGUGCAAUCUGUACAUCAUUGCCAACUGUAUAUACUUGUCUGUCAUCUGUCAUAAUAAAGAUCAACAAUUAUGUGCCUAUAUCUGUUUUGAAACUUUCAAUAAAUAUGGCACAUGAGUAUGAAAAGUGGAAAAGUUAACUAUCAAAUAGUAAAUGUAUGUGAAAAAUAAUACACUGGCGCUCCAGUGCUCUCUCAAAUUUAAAUGGUCUCGUUAGAUUAGAAAAAAUCAAACCUUUCAGUCAUGUGUUAGCUCAAUAUCGGUUACAGUAAACAGGUCAUGCUUUGUGCUUUGUGAUCAAACAUUGGCCAUAAAAGAGGC